UACACUUUUUUUCGUGCGUUUCAAAUUUAAAAAAAUCAUUCAUGGAAGAUUUUUCAUCAAAAUCGCGCGUUUUUUCCAAAUUUUGAGCAAAAAUCGAGUAAAAUUCCCGCAAAUCGUGAAACUUUUCCCACCGAAAGGCGUUUUUUGAGGAUGUCUCGCUUCGAAUUCAGCUACAAUAUGUUUCAGAUGAAACACGCGGAAAGUCGUCUUUUGGUCGCAAUUAUCGUGUACAUCUCGCUUUUUCUGGACAACAUCUUGCUCACGGUAAUUGUGCCAAUUUUGCCGGAUUAUUUGAGCAACGCGGAGAAACUUCCCGCCAGCGUCGUGUACAAAAAUUACGACAUGCAUUACGUGUCGCAGGUGAUGGGCGAGACAAUUCUUCCCGCAGCAGCAGCAGCAACAACCAAGAAUAGUUCGUUGAAUCAACAUAUCGAGCAGGGCACGAGCAAUGUCAGUAUGGAGGAUUUGAAUGAUGAAAAUGCCUCGAUUGGGAUGCUUUUGGGCAUUAAAGCAAUAAUUCAGUUGAUUUUUAAUCCGAUUGUUGGAGGACUCACGACGAAAUUUGGAUAUCGGUUGCCGUUGCUUUUUGGCACGGUGAAUUUGUUGGUAGCUUCGUUGGUUUUUGCCAUCGGACAGUCGUACUGGAGUUUGUUUUUUGCACGAGCUAUUCAAGGAAUUGGUUCGGCGUGUCUCAAUGUUUGCGGAAUGAGUUUGAUUGCACAUCUCUACCCAGAAGACGAGAAACGUUCAAAGGUAAUGGGAAUAAUUCUCGGCAGCGUAGCGUUAGGAGUUCUCUUCGGCUACCCCUUUGGCGGCUUAUUAUACGAUUUUGCCGGCAAAUCUGUCCCAUUCUACACCAUCGCUGUCGUUCUCUUCCUCAAUUUAGUGCUUCAAAUCAACUGCAUCGAGUUCCACGUUCAAACCGAGUCCGGAAUUGGCGGCGAAACAUCCAGUUGGUGGCCCCUGUUGUCCGAUCAAACAAUCACUUUAAUCGCUUGCGCCAUCUGGAUCAGCACGUCGGCGAUGGCAAUACUCGAACCGUGUCUCCCAAUUUGGCUCAUGCAGAAUUUACAUCCAAAAAAGUGGCAAAUUGGCACCGUUUUUGUGCCCGAUUCGCUGGGUUACUUCCUCGGAACGAACUUUUGCGGGUCCUUUGCUUAUCGACACGGACAAAUUCGAAUUGCCGUGAUUUCGUUGCUCAUCGUUGGAUUGUCGUGCAUUUUGAUACCGAACGCCUCGUCAAUUUCCGGCUUGUUAAUUCCCCAUUUUGGACUCGGAUUGGGCAUUGGAGCACUGGAUUCGGCGCUCGUUCCGUUGCUGGCAUCUGCUGUCGAUGCGAAAUUCACGGAUAACGAUUCCAUUUCGAGCAAUUCGAUUUCGAAUUAUGGCGCUGUUUAUGCCAUUCAACAGAUGGCGGUGAGUUUGGCGUAUUCCGUGGCGCCCAUGGUUGGCGGCGAGAUGGCGAAAUUGAUUGGAUUUCCGUGGCUCAUUCGACUUAUUGGCGUCAUUAAUCUCAGCUACGGACCAUUUUUCAUGUACCAAAGCUUAAAGGCACCUUCGAUUAAAAAAACAAAUCAUAUUUUGUUGAGAUCGUCAGACGGUAGCGAAGACUCGUACAAGCGGUUUUACGAUACAAUCGACUAAUUUUCCACAUUUUCGCACAAUUUCAGAGAUUUAUGUUGUGAAAAGUGUGUUAUGGAAUUAAAUU